AUGUUUUUAAACUUAGGAACCAGCUUUCCCGAAUAUCUCGUAGCGAAAGAAGAGAAUAUUCAAAAUUUUGUUAAGAUUGAGAAAAAUGUAAAUAUGGAAAUGGAGUAUUUGGAAGAUUGUGAUAUGAUUGGGAAUGAUAUAUUAGAGAUGAUUGUUGUAAUGGUGUUUAGAGUUGAGAGAAGACGAAUUUUGUAUAUAAGAUUAUAA